GGGGAGAAGAGGACUCGCAGGCAGGCAGCUCAACAUUACACAAACCCUUGCACGCACUUUGUAAGCAGCCUUCCAUGCCCGGCACAGGCUUAUUUUUGUUUUGGAGGUCUCAUCCGGGAGGACAUUAAGGAGAAAAAGACAUACUAACAUUUUCACUUUCUUUUUUGGGGACUCUCAGUUCUGUCCAGUUUUUCAAGGGAAGUUUGCGUGACCCAAGCCUUGAGUUAAUGGGUUGUCAUGGUGACUGACACUGGUAGGCUGACCCCCGAAGAAGACUGGAUGUUGAAUGAACAGAGAGCUGCCGCGGUCAGUCAACGCGAGUAACAAGGAGUUAUCGGUGAACGAGGAGACGUGAGGAAUAGGAUGGAAGACGGCUUCUCCAGCUACAGCAGUCUGUAUGACACCUCCUCACUGCUGCAGUUCUGCAAUGAUGACAGUGCCUCAGCAUCAAGCAGUAUGGAGGUGUCGGACCGGCUCGCCUCCUUGGAGCAGCGGGUUCAGAUGCAGGAGGAUGAAAUUCAGCUGCUCAAAUCAGCUCUGGCUGAUGUGGUGAGGAGACUGAACACCUCAGAGGAGCAACAGGCCAUGCUUAGCAGGAAAGGACCAACCAAAGAACCAGCAGUGAGGAGAGACUCCCUCUACUCUGACAGCAGUGUUGGCAAACCAGCCAGACCCAUGAUCGCAGCUCUGCCCCUCAGACCCACAGUCAAUAAUGGCACCGUUCUGCCUAGAAAAGGUGGCAUACUGCCAUCCCCCUCCAGCUCCAAAAAGGGCAACAGCUCACCAGCGACCAAAAGUAUGUCCAAUCUGCCCAGGUUUCUUCUAAGGCUGCCACACAGCACUGUGAAGAGAACGAGUUCAUCAGAGCAUGUGGGUCCUAACAGCAGGAAAGACAGUGUGGACUCCAAAACCAAUCGAACUCAUGCUGGUUCCACAGAGAGCAACUCCAGUGGCAAGAAAGCCACAGAAAACAAACAGAGAGAGCCUGUGUUCAGUGCAGGGAUGCGACGUGUGACGCACUGCAAAGAUGAAGGGUAUGUCAAAAUGUAUUUAAAGGGACGACCCAUCACCAUGUACAUGCCUAAAGACCUGGUGGACACCUACUGCCUAGAAGCAAAGACUGAUUUGUCUCCUAAGAAACUGAAGCUAGACUGGGUUUAUGGUUAUCGGGGCCGUGACUGUCGAUCAAACCUCUACUUGCUCCCAACGGGGGAAACGGUUUACUUUAUCGCCUCUGUGGUUGUGCUGUAUAAUGUGGAUGAGCAACUUCAAAGACACUACACUGGACAUACUGAUGAUAUCAAGUGCCUAGCUGUCCAUCCUGAUAAAAUCACCAUAGCAACAGGACAAGUGGCUGGCACGUCCUCUGAUGGAAAACAGCUGGCCCCUCAUGUGCGAGUGUGGGACUCUGUGAGUUUGAACACGUUGCACGUUCUUGGAACCGGUUUCUUUGAUAGAGCUCUAGUGUGCCUCUCUUUUUCAAAGUCGAACGGUGGAAGCUGGUUGUGUGUCGUGGAUGAUUCCAACGACCACAUGCUCUCCGUAUGGGACUGGCAGAGACAGGAAAGAUUUGCUGAAGUAAAGUGCUCCAAUGAGUCUGUGUUUGCUGCUGAUUUCCAACCGACAGAUGCUAAUAUAGUAGUCACCUGUGGGAAGUCACACCUUUGCUUCUGGUCAUUAGAGAAAGGGACUCUUGUGAAGAAACAGGGUCUAUUUGAGAAACAAGAGAAGCCCAAGUUUGUAUUGUGUGUGACUUUUUCAGAAAAUGGCGAUGCCAUCACAGGAGAUUCAAGUGGAAAUAUACUAGUGUGGGGAAAAGGCUCUAAUCGUAUAAGCUUGGCCAUUCAGGGUGCACAUGAGUCAAGCGUCUUUGCACUUUGCAUGUUGAGAAAUGGGACGCUGGUCUCAGGUGGAAAGGACCGUAAACUCAUCUCCUGGGAUGAAAAUCACCAAAAGAUUCAAACGGUAGAGGUGCCAGAAAUAUAUGGCCCUAUUCGAACCAUUGCUGAAGGAAAAGGAGAGAUGGUUAUUAUUGGUACUACUAAAAACUAUGUCCUGCAAGGCAGUCUGGAUGGGGAAUUCAUACCCAUUACACAGGGCCACAUCGAUGAAUUAUGGGGCCUGACUGUACAUCCACAAAAGCACCAGUUCCUCACCUGCGGUCAUGACAAACAUGUGUGCCUGUGGGACUCGGACUCCCAUCAGCCCAUCUGGACCAAAACAAUGGAGGAUGCCGCCCAAUCGGCCGGAUUCCACCCUACUGGGGCGACGGUUGCCAUAGGAACGCUGAAGGGCAGGUGGCUCGUGCUCGAUAGCGAAACGAAGGAUCUAGUGACUGUGCACACAGAUGGAAACGAACAGCUGUCGGUUAUGCGCUUUUCUCCAGAUGGCAAUUUCCUGGCAAUCGGGUCACAUGACAACUACAUCUACAUUUAUGCCGUGGGGGAAAACGGCAAGAAAUACAGCAGAGUUGGAAAAUGCUCAGGUCAUUCUAGCUUCAUUACUCAUCUGGACUGGUCUGUGGAUUCUCAGUACUUGGUAUCAAACUCAGGAGAUUAUGAGAUCCUUUACUGGAUCCCCUCUGUGUGCAAGCAAGUUGUGAGUGUUGAGACCACACGAGACGUAGAAUGGGCCACUUUCACCUGUACUCUGGGAUUCCUUGUUUUCGGUCUGUGGCCAGAUGGCUCAGAUGGAACCGACAUAAACGCUGUGUGCAGUUCUAAUGAGAAGAGACUACUCAUUACAGGAGACGACUUCGGAAAAGUUCACCUUUUCUCAUUUCCAUGCUCUCAAUCCAGAGCUCCCAGUCAUGUCUAUGGUGGACACAGUAGCCAUGUUACCAACGUUACCUUCCUGUUUGAUGACAGUCAUGUAGUGUCCACAGGAGGGAAGGACAUGAGCAUCAUGCAGUGGCGUGUGGUGUAAAGCAGCUCCUGUCACACUGUGUCAUGUGACGACAUAAGAACUUUCUCUUUAUGGGAUCAAGUGGCUUGUGAAAAUAAAAGCGGGGCCAUAUACUACAGUGGUGUUGCGGGGAGGAAGGAGGUCUCCGUUUUAUUUGCCUUUAAUUGUUAUCUCAGGUCACCAAUUUCUGUCUGUUGACUGUCUCGCAAGCUUCCUAGGAUACGAAAGAGAUAUCUUGGGAUGAAAACCCAUUUCUUUAGUUUUUGAAAAACAAACUAAAGAAUGUUCUCCAUUUGACAAAGUUUGAUAUGAUGCCAGAGCACAUGAAGGAACAUUGGUCAUGAACAGUUUUGUCCAGUAAGCCUAGGGUUUGUCCAUUUCUAACACUGUAAAAGUGUUUUUGUUAUUUUGGUAGAAGUCUUAAAAAUGGGAAAGUAAAACAAAAUUACAAGAAUUAAAUUCUGUCACAUCAACUGUGUUAUAGAAACUGCACGUCGACCAUCGUUUAUCAUAUGUUUAGUAAUCUUUUGCAUCCCCCAUGUGGCGCAUUGAGGUACUGCAGCCACUCCUGUGGUGGAUAUCAUCAUAUUUACCCUCUGCUGUUUUUAAAACCUCAUGGAGUAUUUGAAAGUUUGAGAUUGUCAGCCUUCAGAUUCCUCUCAAAAAGAUAAACGCACGUGUCUGUUUAGCAAACACAGUCAAAUUCUAUCAAGGCCAAUUUUUUAAAGAUCUUGCUCAGCCACAGCCAUCAAACUCUGUUUUAAUUUUAUUCUCAGAUUAACAUUACAUCUGUUAUGUGAAUCAACUAUCUUAACGGAAAGUCAUAAUGUAAUGCACAUUUACAUUAUAGUUAAUUACAGUUGUUACAGUCAAAUGACUGUAGUUUUAAUAAUAAAGCAUGCACAAGCUUGUUUUUUACUGUAACUGUCUAACCCAUUUUCCAUACUCAUUGUCAGCUGUAUGGCAUAGCCAUCAAAAUAAAGAAAAAAACA